AUGGAUUAUUGGAAGUCAUACAAGACGAUAAGGUUUGCAAGACAGAUCGAUAUGGGAAAUCCUGAGGGAAGUUUUGAAGAAUUGCCUUCCUACCUAUACACUAUAAGACGGGCAAAUCCGGGUACAAUAACGCAUCUUCAAAUUGAUGAGUGUGACAGAUUCAAGUAUGUCUUCAUUGCUUUUGGUGCGAGUGUUGCUGGGUUUGCUUACAUGCGGAAAGUUGUUGUUGUGGAUGGUACGUUUCUCCACGGUAGUUACAAAGGAACGCUUCUAACAGCCCUAGCUCAGGAUGGAAAUUUCCAAACUUCCCCAAUAGCUUUCGCAGUUGUUAACACUGAAAAUGAUGAUUUUUGGCGUUGGUUUUUUACGCAACUCAAAGUUGCUAUUCCAGACGAGAGGAAUCUUGCGAUCAUCUCGGACAUACAUAAGUCAAUAAGGAAAGCAAUUGCGGCUAGGUGUUUUCAGAUGGCUGAUUUUACAGAGGCAUUCAAUGAGAUUGAAGCGCUUCAUCCUAAACUACAUGGAUAUCUCCAAAGAGCUGGGGUGCAAAUGUGGGCGCGCGUUCAUUUCCCGGGUGAAAGAUGGUUUGCUGAACGGAGAGAGGAUGCGAAAUCACAGCUAACAAGGCUCUCACGAGGUGUUGAAAAACUGUUAGAGGGUCGUUUAGCUGCAUCAAGACUUUUUGAAGUACAACCGAUUAAUGCUUUACGUGUACAAGUACAAUAUGGAACAUCUUUGCAUGUUGUAAAUUUGUAUGCAAAAAGAUGCACAUGCCGCCGUUUCGAGCACGAGAAAAUACCAUGCGUCCAUGCAAUCACAGCUGCAGAGCAUAUGGGUGUGUCUCGUAUUUCCCUGGCCGAUCCGACAUACCGGAGCAAUUAUUUGGUUAACGCGUACGCUGAUUCAAUCUCACCUCCGGAUACUGCACUCCCUGUUCCUGAAAUUGUAACUAACCAACCGUGCGUGCCUCCGAUCGUUGCAACCCAGCCAGGAAGGUCGAAGAAAAGCAGGAUUAAAUGA